CAACUUUGGUUUGGCAACGUUAUGUUAGUAAGCGCGCCGUGUUUACCUGGUAUUACGACAACAUGUGUAAGUGAGGAAUUAAGUAUGGAUGAUGAUAAAUUUUCAUGUAUCAAACAGGUUCAUAAAUCUGUUCAUAUAUCAGUCCCUUCAGCUUUUAUCUCUAAUGAAGUAUCUGGGAUAACUGAAAUACUUGAUAGCUGGAAACGCCAGUACGUGAAGCAGCUUCAGGGAGUUGUUGUUGGUUACAGAAAUGUGUCUCUAGCUUCACGCGCAAACGUCUUUGUUGUUGAUCAGCCUGCUGAACACUGUUAUGUUACAGCAGUAUUUUACCUAUUUUGCCCAAACAUAGGUACUAUCGUUAAAGGUACUAUUAAUCGAAUCAGUCGAGAUCAUAUCGGCUGCCUCAUCCAUGAUACCAUCAAUGUUACGAUACAUCUUUCAGAUGAAAGUUAUGAGGACAUUAGCAGAUUCAUGUAUCUGAAUAGCACAAUUUUGUUUCAAAUUACUCACUACGAUUUCGCACGUAAAAUUAUACGUGUUGAAGGUGAGAUAACACCAGAAUGCAUUCGCUUGAUGGAAACAAUGUAUCCUGAAUCUGUUCAAAAUAGUAAUAAAAGUUCAUUGAAAUAUCUUGAUAAUCAGCAAGAAUUAGGUACUUCUAAUAACCAUAAUUUUCAGUCAAAAAAGAAUAAAAAAUCCAAGCGCAUGAAAUUGGAUGCUUUUGAUGUUUUACCUGAAAUAACAUCUAGUGACAAUCAUUUUGUUAAUUUUUCAUCAGUUAAAAAUUCAGAAAUACCAUCUUCAAAAAGUAAAAAAGUUGAGCAGUCAGUAUCAUCUCUUAAUGCAAGUACUUUCAGUGGUACUGUAGACUCCAACACUGAUCAGUUAUUUCCGUCAGCAGAUGAUUUUAUGCGGUUCCUAAAAAAAGAAAUAGGUUCUGAUGAAGUGAAUUCAGAAUCGUCUUCACAAAAGGGGAAAAGGGCAAAUAGCCUGUCUACAAAACGUAAUGUAUCAAGUGAUAACUCGACAAGUAAAAGUGAACAUCCUAAAAAGAAAUUAAAACGUGCGAAAAAAGAGAAAUUGUCUGAAGCAAAUUCUGAAUCAUCUGCAAAAACUCUUUCUUCAUCCAAAAAGAGGAAAAAAGUGACUAAUUCAUUGUCAGAUUUGUUGAAUGAUAUUCAGCCUGAAAGUGAACAGCCACCUAAAAAGAAAUUAAAACUUUCAGACAAAAAUAAAAAGAAGAAAGAUAAAAAAGAUUCUAAAAAGGAUAAGAAAAAGUCUUGCAAAGAUAAACUUGAGAAAGAGAAGAAAAAAUUAUCUGAGUCCAAAGCUAAAAAACCAAAACAUAAGAAAGAAAAAAAGAAAGAUCGUAAAAAAUCUGAUGAAAAAUCAAAGAAAAAGAAGAAAGGUUCAAAACACGAGACUUCUAAUAUACUAUUAAAAACAGAUAAUAAAUCUGAAGUGAGCUGAAAAUUUGCUUGUUAAGUAGGAAUGUUAUUAAAGUAAUCUUUUUUAUUU